CUCGGGUGUACCUGCUUCCUGUUAACAGACUGUUGGCUCAGAGAGCAUCUGCCUGCACGCUGAGGCUGAGGCCGAGGCUGAGAAGGAGGUCCCUGCGUAUCCACUUGACUGACAGAGACACUUGGAUUGGAUUUAAUCUUAAACCUCUGGAGUUCAAGACCUUUUAAAAAGGGCUAAAUAAACAAUCUCUACAUGUAAAAGGCCACUGACUCCUACUUCCUCUGUUUAGAGCAACUGUUGAACCCCAGCUGCCUGUAGGAAAACUGAAGACUUUAAUAGCAAACCCUCCAAGGUCAGAAUGAAUACAGAUGGCAGUGGGUGUGCUCGCAAACGUGCCGCCAUGUCUGUUACAUUAACAUCUGUGAAGAGAGUUCAAAGUUCUCCAAACCUAUUGGCCGCAGGGCGUGAUUCUCAGUCACCAGACUCAGCUUGGAGAUCUUACAAUGAUCGAAAUCAAGAGACACUGAACGGAGAUGCUACAUAUUCCUCUCUUGCAGCAAAAGGUUUUAGAAGCGUUCGCCCAAACUUACAAGAAAAAAAAUCACCAACUCAGAGCCAGAUAACAGUGAAUGGAAACUCUGGAGGUGCUGUGAGUCCAAUGAGUUACUAUCAAAGGCCGUUUUCCCCUUCAGCUUACUCUCUCCCAGGCUCGCUCAAUUCAAGCAUUAUCAUGCAGCAUGGCCGCUCACUUGAUUCCGCGGAGACAUAUCCCCAGCACGCGCAGUCUCUGGACAGCACCAUGGGCAGCUCCAUACCACUGUACAGAUCCUCAGAGGAAGAGAAGAGAGUGACGGUCAUCAAAGCCCCGCACUACCCGGGGAUCGGGCCCGUGGAUGAAUCCGGAAUCCCCACAGCAAUUAGAACGACAGUUGACAGACCAAAGGACUGGUACAAGACAAUGUUUAAGCAAAUUCACAUGGUGCACAAGCCGGAUGAUGACACAGACAUGUAUAAUACUCCUUAUACAUAUAAUGCAGGCCUGUACAACUCACCCUACAGCGCUCAGUCACAUCCUGCUGCAAAGACCCAGACCUACAGACCCCUCUCCAAAAGCCACUCCGACAAUGGCACCGAUGUCUUUAAGGACGCCUCCUCCCCUGUCCCUCCCCCACAUGUUCCUCCUCCAGUCCCACCACAUCGGCCAAGAGAUAGAUCUUCAACAGAAAAGCAUGACUGGGAUCCUCCAGAUAGAAAAGUGGACACAAGAAAAUUUCGUUCUGAGCCAAGGAGUAUUUUUGAAUAUGAACCUGGGAAGUCAUCCAUUCUCCAGCAUGAAAGACCAGCCUCCUUGUAUCAAUCCCCUAUAGACAGAAGCCUGGAAAGACCCGCCAGUUCUGCGAGCAUGGCCAGUGACUUUAGGAAAAGGAGGAAGAGCGAGCCUGCGGUGGGGCAGCCCAGGGGCUUGGAUCCAAGUGCAAGCAAGACUAGCCCGGGGCGAGCAGACCUCCCAGGAUCAGGCGGCACGCUGACAAAAUCUUUGAUCAGUUCUUCUCCUUCUUCCCCCUCAAGAGCAAAAGGUGGGGAUGAUAUAUGUCCGUCCCUUUACGGUUACUCAGGGUUCAACGGCAACCCCUCCAAUGAGUUAGAUUACUGUAACGCUUAUAGACAGCAUUUGGAUGUCCCUCGUGACUCACAGAGGGCCAUUACUUUCAAGAAUGGCUGGCAAAUGGCCCGACAAAAUGCAGAGGUCUGGAGCAGCACCGAGGAAACGGUUUCCCCCAAAAUCAAAUCCCGUAGUUGUGACGAUCUCCUAAAUGACGACUGUGAUAGCUUUCCCGACCCCAAAACCAAGUCAGAGAGUAUGGGUUCUCUGUUAUGUGAAGAGGAUUCCAAGGAGAGCUGCCCUAUAACGUGGGCUUCCCCCUACAUCCAGGAGGGCCGCAAUAAUGGCAGGUCAAGGCUCCGGCACAGGUCAGCCCAUGACGCUCCAGGCUUCCUAAAACUGUACAAGAAAAUGCACCGCAUUAACCGCAAGGACUUGAUGAAUUCAGAGGUGAUUUGCUCCGUCAAGUCGAGAAUAAUGCAGUAUGAGAAGGAGCAGCAACACAAGGGCCUGCUCCAUGGAUGGAGCCAGUCCUCCACGGAGGAGGUGCCCAGGGACAUGGUCCCCACCCGCAUUUCUGAAUUUGAAAAGUUGAUUCAAAAGUCAAAAUCCAUGCCCAAUUUAGGAGAUGAAAUGUUAUCUCCCAUAGCCCUAGAACCUCAACAAAAUGGUUUAUGUCCCAAGAGGCGAUUUUCCAUUGAGUCUUUGCUGGAGGAAGAAAAUCAGAGUAGACACCCUUCUCAUGUACAACGAAGCCACAAGCCUAAAACCCUGGUGCCAAUUCAUAUUGAAGUCACCAGCGAUGAGCAACCGAGAAUGCAUAUGGAGUUUUCCGAUAGUGACCAGGACGGAGUUGUGUCUGACCACAGCGAUUACAUUCAUGUAGAAGGAUCAUCCUUUUGCAGUGAGAGUGACUUUGAUCACUUUUCUUUCACAUCCUCUGAAAGUUUUUAUGGAUCCAGCCACCAUCACCACCACCACCAUCACCACCACCAUCACCGGCACCUCAUCAGCUCCUGCAAAGGCAGAUGCCCAGCCUCCUAUACUCGAUUUACCACAAUGCUAAAACACGAAAGAGCUAAACAUGAAAAUGCUGAAGAGCCCAGAAGACAAGAAAUGGACCCUGGCCUUUCUAAACUUGCAUUUCUGGUCAGUCCCGUGCCUUUCCGGAGGAAAAAAAAUUCGACUCCCAAAAAACAGACUGAAAAGGCAAAAUGUAAAGCAUCUGUUUUUGAGGCUCUGGACUCUGCCCUUAAAGACAUCUGUGACCAAAUUAAAGCUGAAAAGAGAAGGGGAAGUUUGCCAGACAACAGUAUCCUGCACCGUCUUAUCAGUGAACUUCUGCCAGAUAUUCCCGAGAGGAACUCAUCUCUUAAAGCUCUAAGAAGGAGCCCCACGCCCCAGCCUUUGCACCCACUGCCUCAAGAUGGUGCUAUUCAUUGCCCAUUGUACCAGAAUGAUUGUGGGAGAAUGCCUCACAGUGCCUCUUUCCAAGACUUGGACACCACCAACAACAAUUACCACCACCAAGACCACGAGAGUGCACGGAGUCUCCAAGACCACGAGUGCCCUAGAAGUUACGCCUCCGCCAUGACGGACCUGGGGAGAAGUGCACCGCGGGAAAGAAGAGGAACUCCGGAAAAAGAGAAAUUGCCUGCAAAAGCUGUUUAUGAUUUUAAAGCUCAGACAUCUAAGGAGCUGUCAUUUAAGAAAGGAGAUACUGUCUACAUCCUCAGGAAAAUAGAUCAAAAUUGGUAUGAGGGAGAGCACCACGGGAGAGUGGGCAUUUUUCCAAUCUCAUACGUCGAGAAACUCAUACCUCCUGAAAAAGCACAGCCCGCAAGACCACCCCCCCCAGCCCAGCCUGGAGAAAUCGGAGAAGCUAUGGCCAAAUAUAAUUUCAAUGCCGACACAAAUGUGGAGCUAUCGCUGAGAAAGGGAGAUAGAGUUACUCUUCUUAAAAGAGUUGAUCAAAACUGGUAUGAGGGUAAAAUUCCAGGAACCAGCAGACAAGGCAUCUUCCCUGUUUCCUAUGUGGAAGUUGUCAAGAAGAAUACAACCAAAGGUGCUGAGGAUUACCCUGACCCUCCAAUCCUCCACAGCUAUUCUAGUGAUAGAAUCCACAGCUUAAGUUCCAAUAAGCCACAGCGUCCUGUGUUUACUCAUGAAAACAUUCAAGGUGGGGGGGAACCGUUUCAGGCUCUGUAUAACUAUACUCCUAGGAAUGAAGAUGAGCUGGAGCUCAGAGAAAGUGAUGUCAUUGAUGUGAUGGAAAAGUGUGACGAUGGAUGGUUUGUGGGAACCUCAAGAAGAACCAAAUUCUUUGGUACUUUUCCCGGAAACUAUGUCAAGAGGCUGUGAAUCACUCUCCCUCCUUUUUAUGCCGCCUUUCAGCACCACAUCUGCAUAACCUUGCCCGAAAAGAGCCCCUCAAGCCUCCUGCUGCCCUGCCUUGCAGUCUCCUCUAGAAGUCACCCACCCCUCACCAUCUCUACCUGCCUCCAAACCACCAGCAAAGGGACCGCCGCUGCCGAGCCCGGGGGGGAGGCUGGAGACUUGCUUCCGUGUGAACGUGCAUAUUCCUGAUUUCUGCUCUAAACUUUGAAAAGUCGCUAUGCGAGAUCAGAAAGAAAAGCAUUAUAGUUAGAAAGGGUUAAGUAUUUGAGGCAAAAAAAAAAAAAAAGGGAAAUAUCUCAAGAAUCUCUCUAGUCCACUUUGAACAACGAUGUUCUCCCCUCAGGCAACCAGAGAUUGUUUAUUCCUAAAUGCUGUGGUUUGCAUUUUCACAUUCUUAGCUUGGCAGUAUAUUUUCCUUUCACGAGUUUGCCUAGUGUCCUGGUUUACACGACAUGAAAACUGUACUUUGGCUAUUGUUUGCCUGCACUUAUAUAUUGUAAUACGCACAGUGAUUACAAAAUCUAAAGCAAGCGUAGGAACGUUAAUUCGGAUGAGUGUGAUUUUGUUGAUUGAAUGUGAGUUUUCAAAUAGGAGUCUUUUCUUGCAGUUUUUUUUCUGUACUUUUUAGAAGUGCAAACCGUAAGUGAAUAAGAGCCUUUGGUAAUAAUCAUGAGAGUAUAAGAGGUUUAGCUAGA